AUGCCUGAAGGCAGUACCCAAAAUUCGCCACGAAGAACUCCUGAAGAACCGAUGCAAGCAGAUUCACCAACAAAUUUCUCGAGUCCAGAUGAGAUGUCACAAUCUAUUGACAGCACCGUACGCGUUUUCCAGGAAGAGAAUGGAAGGACAUAUCACGGCUACAGAGCAGGAUCAUAUCCUUAUCCAAACGACUGCAAUGAACGAGACCGGCUAGACAUGCAACAUGCUAUGCUCAAGUUUGCUUUUAAAGGCCGUAAUCACUUUGCGCCAUUAAAAGACCCUAAAAGUAUUCUGGAUAUCGGGACUGGCACAGGUAUAUGGGUGAUGGAAAUGGCACGAGACGAAUUUCCAAAUGCUCAGAUAGAUGGAACAGAUCUCUCACCCAUCCAACCAACGGACGUUUAUGACAACGUUCAUUUCUUCAUCGAUGACGCCAGCGAAGAAGACUGGGCAGUCCAAGCGGCGUCCUAUGAUUAUAUCCACACUCGAGUGCUUCUAGGAUCGUUUGGAGAUUUUCGAGACAUCAUUCGGAAAGGCUUCUACUACACCAAGCCGGGAGGUUACAUGGAGAGUCAAGAAAUCUUCCCGACGCCUUUCUGUGACGAUGGGACGAUGCCUGACGAUUGGCCUUUCCUGGAAUGGUCGAAAUAUUUCGACCAAGCCGCAACCAUGGCAGGCCGCCCAGUCCGGAUAGCCCACAAACUGAAACGAUGGUAUGAAGAAGCUGGCUUCGUUGACGUCCAAGAAAAGAUAAUCCGAAUACCCAUUAAUCCCUGGACAAAAGACAAGCAUGCGAAGACUCUAGGCAAGAUGUCAGAAGCGAACCUGAUAGAUGGCCUUGGUGCUUUCACUCUUGGACCUUUCUCCCGCAUGUUUGGGUGGAACAGCACGGAAAUAGAGGUUUAUCUUGUAAAUGUCCGUAGAGCUGUGUCAGAUAGACAUGUGCAUGCUUAUUUGAAGAUUUACGUGGUUUGGGGACGCAAGCCUAAGACGUCGAAGAAAUCGGGGUCCUACUCAUGA